AAAAUAAAGCUGCGACAAAUGCAGCUUGUGUUACACCGCGGCUUUCCCUUGGAACGACUGGUCCGAAUUUCAAUGUCAGAUAACCCAAUAAAUAGAGAAGUGUUUCCUUCCUCCAUCUAUUUCUCAUACCUUCAAGUUCAUCAAGUGCUCUUGCUUCUUCGCUUCAACCGAUUCGUGUAAACGAAGGCAACACAAACCUACCUACCGCCACGUUCCCAAACACAGCAUGAGACUGCCAUGCGAUUUGCAGUCCGCCGCUGCGGCGCUGCUUCUGUUUACAUCGCCAGCUCUUGCCCGCAGAAUCCCCGUUGCGAUCGAGGGAGACAACCUCGAAUCUAGAGACACACCGGUGCGACAGGUCGCCGUCAUCGGAGCUGGGGCAGCCGGGUCUUCCGCCGCCUACCACUUGCGCAAGUAUGCCGAACAAUACAACGUCGGUGUCAACAUCACCAUCUUCGAAAAGACAGAUCAUAUUGGUGGACGGACUCUCACCAUCAACCCCUAUGAUGACCCCUCGCUUCGACUUGAACUGGGAGCCAGCAUCUUCAUCGAGAAGAACUACAUCCUCAACAAGUCGGUGGAGGAGUUUGGCUUACGAAAGAAGGAUCCUGAUGUAGGCUCCGACCCUAAAAUGGGAAUCUGGGACGGCGAGAAGUUUCUCUUUGAGAUUGACACGAGCAGCAGCUGGAUAUCCCAGCUCUGGCACAUCGUCUGGCAGUACGGCGUUCGGACCCCUAAGCGGACAAAUGAUCUCGUUCAGGAGACUGUUUCCAAAUUCUUGCGCAUGUACGAAGAACCGUACUUUCCAUUCAAAUCUCUGACACAACGCGCAUAUGAUCUUGGCUUGACCUCUGUUACGGGGGCGACUGGCGAGGAGUUCUUGAAAACGAAUGAUAUUUAUGGUGCCUAUGCCCACGACAUCAUUCAAGCCAGCACCCGGGUCAACUACGCCUCCAAUAUUGGACGCCUCCAUGGACUCGAUACCAUGGUUGCGAUGGCGCCCGCAGGCUCGACAGCUGUUCAAGGUGGCAACUGGCAAAUAUUCCAGAAGAUGGUUGAGAGUUCGGGGGCCACCAUCAUGCUCAACACCUCGGUGUCAUCUAUCGCUUUCGCGAAAACCGGAAACGAAACCACCACUUCCGCCAGGUACAGCCUCCGAGCUAUUCAUUCAUCAUCUCAGGAGGACACAGCCUAUCCAGUGGAGUUCGACAAUGUCAUCCUCGCCAAUCCGUACCAAUUCAGCAACAUCAAAAUCGCGGAUGGUGUGCUGGAAACCCACAUUGAUGAGAUACCUUAUGUGCAGCUUCAUGUCACCAUUUUCACCUCGCCCUUCCGCUACAGCCCCGGAUUCUUUGGUCUGGAGAAUCCCAAAGCUCUCCCCGGAACAGUGCUAACAACACUCGGCAAGAAUGAUAACGCGACAUCGGGAGUGGAAGGCGCGGGAAGCGCUGGCUUCUUUAGCAUCAGCAUGUUGCGUAAGCUGGUGAACCCCAAGACCCAGAAGGAGGAGUACGCCUACAAGAUCUUUUCUCCUGAGAAGGUCACUCCCGAGUUUCUCCGCCGUCUCUUUGGUGUCAAGGUCCCAGAGACGUUUGUCGCCGAGCCAAAGGACCAGUCAAGUGCUGAAGUCGGCCCCAUUUCGUGGUACUAUCCCCAUGUGUUCUACUCGUAUCCCAAGGCCGAGCCUCGCGUAACAUUCCAGGACCCCAUUGUUGGAACCGGCCUUUACUACACCUCUGGUAUGGAGAGCUUCAUCUCGACCAUGGAGACCAACGCUUUGAUGGGCAAAAACGUGGCGAGACUGAUUGUGGACGACAUGAGGGGAGUAGAGAGUGGAGGUGUCCAGAGUGGUGAUGGUAGCCUGGCGCCAGGCCAACAGCUCAAGAUGACUUGUGACAGAGCAGGAAGAGGCGCUGGUAGGGGAGGAGUGCGGAAGGCGGGUGAAGUUCCCAAGACACGGCCUACCGAGUUGCCCGAGAUGCCGCUGGUGGACCUUUAACCCAUCCCUUCGGGGUUUACACAGGAGUCCAGGCGCCUCCUGUGUUGCUGGGGCUUUCGGUUGUUUCUUGCUUUCCGGCGUUUGUCCUUGAUUAUUUAUGAUAGAUGAAGAGCGAAUCACAUACCAUUCUAGACUUGUCGUCAUCGGCCUAGAUCUCUACGGCUUGUGCUCAUUGGAAUCUCCUGGCAUCAACGAGACGGCACAAGCGUCGUUCAUGUUAGAUGGUGGUGAGUGACGGUCCUUAACAGAGAAUGGCGGCCUUUACGCUGCAAAAUGUUAGGGUGUUAACAGUUGGACGCCUCCCUU